AUGGAUCUCAUUAAUAGACUUCCCCAAGAAAUCAUCACAGAGAUCCUUAUGAGAUUACCAUACAUCUUUCAUAAGAGUCUUAAACAGGUAUGCAGAGCUUGGAGGGACAUGGUGAGAAAUAGCAGCUUCUACGAUCGCAGAAUUGACUCUGGGCUAUCUCAAAAGUUCAUAUGUUUGCUCCAUCGAACUGGUCUAACAAUGUAUGACCCUGUACGGGGCUUUUGGCACAGGUCUCCUCCUCUUCCCAUUGGCUUUAAACUUGCAUUCUCUACUCGUUUGGUUUGUUGGAGAAGAAAACUUGUCUUCAUUGGUUUGAAACGUUAUAACAGAGAAACUCGUUCUAUAUUGGUCUAUGAUUUUUGCUUUAAUCGUUGGCAUGUAGGCACUGAAAUGCCAGAAAUGCAAUUAAUUAAGAGAUUUGUAUGUUGUGCAUCUCCUCAAGGAACUGUGUAUGUUGCUGGAGACCGUCUAGCUGCAGUUUAUGAUAUAAACACUGACGAGUGGGAGCUUCUUCCUCCGAUGCCACGCCCAACUGGCCUAGCUUCAGUUUCUUUUACUGGAGGAAAGUUUUAUGUUUUUGAUUUACAAAAUGAUGAGGUCCAAAAUUUCGAUCCCAACACCGGAUUAUGGACUCCGACUGAUAAUAUUUCGGGGAUUCAACACAAGGAAAACGUUUUAUAUGCAUUUGGGAAACUGUUUGUUUUUGGAGGCCAAGAAAUAACUGAACAUGAUUUGGAAAACGGAAAUUCGAGACAAGUAAUUAGUUUUCGUGAAGUAAUUCUUUCCAAACCGGGUUCUGCUGCAGUGUGGUGCGAUCGAAUUGUCUUUGCUGGAGUUUGUUACCACUCUAACGGGAGUUCUCAUCGGGUAUUGUAUAUGUUAAAAGCUAAUGCAGGGGUUUCUGAGAGGUUAAUUGCUAUCAAUCCGGCAGCGGAGUUCCGACAAACAAAUGUACUGAGUGUGACUACAGUUGAACUUUGA